AUGCAAAAUUACAAUUAGACAAAUCUCCAAGCAGAAGUCACCCAAUUACGCUAGGACAAAAUUGAAAUUGAAAAUACUCUCUAAGAAUUAUUAAAAUAAGACUCUUUGAUUGAAAAAUGGACAAUAAUGAAAAACUUUGUGCUUGUUUCUACAGAGGUUGAGCGCUUAUCUCAUGCUUAUGUGGCUUUGGAAUAGGAACACUAAUUCUUAUUGAAUACGCAGAAUAAAGAUGUUUAGCAGAGCGAAUAAAAACUUAAGAUUUUGAUUACCUAAUUGGAAGAAUUGAAUGCAUUGAUGAUUCAAUAACAGAAUCGAAUAGAGGACUUAAAUAAAAAUAACAAUAUGCUGAAAUAAGCAAUUAAUGAGGCAACUCAAAAGAUGCAAGUUAUGAGUGAAAAUAAUAAACAGUUAAAAUAUAAUGAACAGAUUCUAAAUUAAGAGAAAUAAAAAUUAUAAAAUUAAUUAUCAGAAUCAAAUAAUGAAUUGAACAAUAUCAUGUAAACUCUAAAGGAAUGCGAGGACAUGUAUAAAGGAACCAUAUUCAAGUAGGAGACAACCAUAAAGAAUUUAUAUCAACAAAAUGAAAGUUUGAAAGGGGAGAGCAACAAAAAAGAUAAAGUAGUUGAUUAAUUGAUGAAAAAGAACAAUGAUCUUAUUAAUGAUAUUGAGAGAAUGGACAGAAAGUAUAAUGAGCAAUCUUUGUAGAUGAAGAAAAUAUCAAAGAUGUAUGAAUCAUUGGAAUAGGAUUAUAAUGAUUUUAAAUUGCAACAAUAAGGCAAUCAAUCUGAAUUUCAUUAAUUGAGUAAGAGGAUAGAACAUAAGAAUUAAGUAUUGGUUGACUUGGAAAAUAAAUACGAUAAAUUAAAUGUAAUAGUAAAAGCUUAGGAGGCAUAAUUGUAGGAGAAGGAUUAAUAAAUAAAUCAAUUUAGUCAAUAAUUGAUUGAACAAUAAACCCUAUUGAUUGAUAUGAGAAACAGCAAGAAGUAGGUCAAAAAUGACAAUGAAAGCGAAGUUAAACAAUUAACUGCUUAGGUUAAAAGACUUUAAGAUAAGAUAAUGGAAAUAAGAGGGGAACUUGAAAGUGAGACUAUUUUGAAAGAGAGGUUACAGGCUUGCACUUAAAACAAAGAAGUGGAAUUCGAAAAACUAUACAACUAAAAUGAGGAUUUGAAAUCGGAAUAACAAGCUUUAAAGAGAUAGGUUUCGGAAUUGCAAUAGGCUUUAAAUGUUGAGAAGAGUAUGUUUCUAAAGGUGUAAUUGGAAUACACAGGUUUACGAGAUUAGAUUAGACAGACAUAAGAGAAGGAUUAAAUAUAGGAUUAAAUGAAUUUGGAAGAAGAGUGUGUUUAAUUGAGGGAGGAAUGCGAGUUGCUAAGGAAUGAUGUACAAUACUUUAAAUACUAAAAUUAACAGUAACAGUAAUAGAUUGAGGAACUAAGAUAAACAAAAACGUAUUUAAGUAAUAUCUUGAUGGACAGAAGACAAUAUUGA